UCUCCAACGCUAGCACCCCCAAAAUGAAUAGAUAAACUGUGCAUAUCUCAACACAAAUUCCUUUAUCUAGCUCGUAUUAUCUAGAAACAAAACCCCAUUGUUAUAUUAGAGAUAGUGAGAAAGGGAGAGAGAGAUACAGUGAGAGAAGAAGAGACGGGAGGAGGAGGCGAGCAUGGUAGCAUCAGCUGAUUGUUGUUGUCGCGAUCAGCUGACUCGCAUUCAUUGUUUAUUUUACACUUUCUCUUAAACUUUCGUCUCUAGUGGUCUGCACGGGUGUUCCCAAGCACCCCUUGUCUCGGCUACACCCUAGACUACCAUGGCCUUUAGUGACAGUUCCACGCCAACCUGCCACGGCCGCCACCUGGUUCUGGGCCAGGCGUGUCUUGAAGUGGCCAGCAAUGACUUACACAAUACCCUGCAACUCUGGGCACAGGCUGAUGAGUGCUAUAAGUGUCCCCCCUGGUACUACCUCACUCUGGCCCCCAACACCACCCACACCCUGGCCGUCAACACCACCUACCCUACCAGUAUCUUCAUCAACACCGAGGAUGGCCGGGACCUGUACAAGCUGGAUUACCACUUUGGCCUCUAUGGGAACUACCACCUGCUCCUCAACGCACGGGGGGCACGGCAGGUGGAGGUGACGAGGGAACCAGAGAGUGAGGCAUUACCACUGGUCACGGCUACCCUCUUCUUCCUCCUCCUAAUGUUUAUGUGGCUGUGUAGUAAGUUUCUGGUGCGCCGAAUGGAUUCGUCGACCACAGCAAGGCAAACACUGGAUAAUGAAAGAAGUCCCUUGAUAUCCAGACGUUCUCAAGACCAUUCGUCCAUCUCGUCCGACCCCCCAUCCGACCCACAGCCAUCCACAUCCCAGCCUUCCACCUCCUCCCAGCCAUCCACCUCCACGUCCACCUCCGCCUCUAUGCUCCAUCCAGACCCCAUACCUCUGGAUGGACGGAGGGAGAGUGGAAGGUUAAGGUCGCUCGAUGCCUUCCGCGGGUUGGCAAUAGUGCUGAUGAUCUUCGUGAAUUAUGGUGGUGGCGGUUACUGGUUCUUCAAACACGCGCGGUGGAAUGGUCUUACUGUGGCUGAUUUGGUGUUCCCCUGGUUUCUGUGGAUCAUGGGCGUGAGUCUGGUGUUCUCGAUCCGCUCACAACUUCGCAGAGCCACAAAGCGCAUCGUUAUCGUGGCGCGGAUUCUCAAACGAUGCCUAAUUCUCUUUGCUCUCGGCCUUGUUGUCAAUAGUGUUGGCGGCCAUAACUACAUGCCAACUUUUCGUAUCUUUGGGGUGCUUCAGAGGUUCGCCAUCUGCUACUUCCUGACAGCUGUGAUUGAAGUGUAUAACAUGAACCCGCAGGAGUCCCCAGAGUAUGUCUGGUACUGGAAGAUCCGCGACAUAGUGCGUUCAAGUCCCCAGUGGGUGUACACGUUGGUGCUGCUCAUCAUACACUCCACCCUUACCUUUGGCCUGCCCGUCCCUGGCUGCCCCAUGGGCUAUCUCGGACCAGGGGGGCUGCACGAGUGGGGGAUGAACCGGGGCUGUACAGGGGGAGCAGCUGGGUACAUCGAUCGAGUGGUGGUGGGACGGCCUCAUGUUUACAGCCACCCUACCUGCGUCACUAUUUAUGCCAGCAACACUCCUUAUGACCCUGAAGGACUGCUGGGUGCCCUUACUUCUGUUCUCAUGGUGCAGUUCGGCGCAGCGUGUGGUCGUAUCAUCACUACAUACCAGACACACCGCGGCCGCUGGACACGCUGGCUGGUGUGGGCGCUGGUGACCGGUCUGCUGGCUGGCUUUCUGUGCGGGUGGAGGAAAGAAGGUGGCGUGAUCCCAGUCAACAAGAAUCUAUGGUCACUAUCCUACGUCUUAUGCACCACUUCUUUCGCCUUUGUCCUCUUCACCAUCCUCUACAUUAUGAUAGAUGAGAGAGGCUGGUGGGCCGGGAACCCAUUACGAUAUGCAGGCAUGAACUCAAUUCUUUUGUACGUGGGCCAUGAGAUAUGUGGGGGUCUGUUCCCUUGGUCCUGGAAGCCGGUCGGACAGCACCACUCCAACCAUCUCAUUAUGAACCUCUGGGCGACGAGUUCCUGGGUUGUUAUUGCUUACUUGUGCCACAGAAGGAAACUGUAUCUGUCUGUGUGAGGGAAAGGGAUGCUGGUCAGGGUUUUAUGUACGUUUGAAUGGAGAGCGAGGUUUUAGGUACUGCUCUGUUUGUUUUUCCUGUGUGUGAGGUUGCAAGAAGACAGGUGUUUUAUGAAGAUGGAAAUGAGUAGUUUGUUUUCCUGUCUGUAAGGUUGCGGCAGGAAGGGAGACCAAGGAUUUAAGGUAUGGUUCAAUUUGUUUUUCCUGCAUGUGAGUGAGGUAGGAAUGGCUUCACUUGUUCUUGUAUGGAAGGUUGCAAGAUGGUGGUUUGUCUUCUUAUGUGAGAUAGGAAUAGUGAAUGGAUUUAUGAAUUGCUCAGCUUUUCUUGUUAUGUGAGGUUGUAAUAGGAAUUGCCAUGUUUAGCUAAGAAUUUAAAAACUAUUCACCUUUUUUCUUUUGUGUGAGGUUGUGACAGGAUGUGUGUUUUAUAAAGGUAGGGAUUUAUAACUCUUUCUUCUAGGUAAAGCUGUGUUAGUGAGGUUUUUUUUUUAUAAAGCUGGCUAUUUACACUUUUGUGCUGUCAGGUUGUGGUCACUAGGGAUUGUAAUCUAUAAAUUGUGAGGUUUUCAGGUGUUUUUUUCAAGAAUGUGUUGAUCUUUUUUUUUUUUUACAUUUGUUCAUUUUUUCAGUCAGUCAAUCAGUCAGUCAGUUAGUUAGUCAGUCAGU